AUGGGCGGGCGAGGCGCGGACAACGCCCCGGGCCCUGCGCGCCGCCGCCUCUCCUCAUUGGCUGGGCGUGCCCGGGCGGGGGGACGUGGCGGGCGGCGCGGAGGGGCCGCAGACAAAGAGUGUGCUUGGUGCGCCCGCCCGCGCCGCCCGGGCGGGAGAGGGCGCGAUGCGGCCUCAGCUGCGCCGGACGGCGCUCGCUCCGGGCUGGGCCCGGGGACCCUGGACCUGGGUUCGGAUUCAGACGCCGCCGCUGAACCUCAGCGUCCUCCGCUGUGUGGCAUCAGCGGCGUUGCUGUGGGCUACCCUCUGGACACAGUGAAGGUCAAGAUCCAGACGGAACCGAAGUACACAAGCAUCUGGCACUGUGUCCGGGACACAUAUCGCCAAGAGCGGGUGUGGGGCUUCUACAGGGGCCUCUCGCUGCCUGUGUGCACUGUGUCCCUGGUUUCGUCUGUGUCUUUUGGCACCUAUCGCCACUGCCUUGCGCACAUCUGCCGGUUCCGGUAUGGCAGCUCCGAGGCCAAGCCCGCCAAGGCCGACAUCACGCUCGCAGGAUGUGCCUCUGGCCUCGUCCGCGUGUUCCUGACAUCACCUACUGAGGUGGCCAAGGUCCGCCUACAGACACAGAAGCAGGCACAGCAGCGGCGACCCUCAGCCUCGUGGCCCUCAGCUGCACCCUCACUGUGUCCUGCGCCCCCAGCAAGUCCAGUGCCUGGACCCAAGUACCAUGGGCCAUUGCACUGCCUGGCCACAGUGGCCCAUGAGGAGGGGCUGCGGGGCCUCUACAAGGGCAGCUCGGCCCUGCUUCUCCGGGAUGGCCACUCCUUUGCCACCUACUUCCUCUCCUACGCCAUCCUCUGUGAGUGGCUCACCCCCACUGGCCACAGCCAGCCAGAUUUCUUGGGCGUACUGUUGGCUGGAGGCUGUGCAGGGGUCCUGGCCUGGGCCGUGGCCACCCCCAUGGACGUGAUCAAGUCCCGCCUACAGGUAGACGGGCAAGGCCAGCUGCACUACCGGGGCCUCCUGCACUGCAUGGUGACCAGUGUGCGGGAGGAGGGGCCGAGGGUCCUCUUCAAGGGGCUGGUAGUCAACUGCUGCCGUGCCUUCCCUGUCAACAUGGUGGUCUUUGUCGCCUAUGAGGCUGUGCUGAGGCUCACCCAGGGUCUGCUCAUAUAGCUGGUCCUGAUUCCCCAGGGGCCAACCUGCUGGCAGCUUCCAGAGGUCACAGUUGCUCGAGGUGGCAAAGGGGAGUGUUGUUGGGGUUGGAACCCCAAAGGGCCAUCCCCCAGGACAGCUGGGGAGCCUCGCUGAAGCCAAUCAGCAAGGCCUGAGCAUGGCCUGCCCAGCUACUGGCUACAAGAAGGUCAAGGGCUGAUCUGCCACCAGCCCAGGGUUGGCCUUAGGGCACAAGAGCCAGGGAGGAGUAGGCCUCCUUGCUGAGGGCACCUGUCACAUGGAGUUGUUAGUCAUGUCACUUCUUCACUCCAGCUUCCUUAUCGUGCCUCCCCCCAACCCCCUCACUGUGUCUUCAGAGUUCCCCUGCAUUGACCCGACUGUGCACCCAGCCACCCUGCCACGUCCCUACCGCUCAGCCCUGCACUGCUGUUCAGUGUGCUUUUCACACACUGUCCCCUCGGGGGCAGGCUCAGCUGGUCUCCCUCCCACAGACAGGGCUCGAGGCAGCGAGGCAGCCCUGGGUCAGCACCCACCUCUGGCUCCGACCAGGCUUGUCCCCUGCACCAGCUGCUCUGAGAGGGCACUGCUGGGACAGCUGUGCUCACCUGGGCUUUGGCUCUGGCAGGGGCCUGGGUCACCAUCCGCGCCUGGGUGGGGAACAUGGUGCGAGGUUCACUCACACACCCUCACUCUGCCUAUGGAGGCGGUGCCUGCCAUAUGAGGACCCUGAAGACUCAGGCAGGAGCUGUUGUGAAUAAAAUGUUUCUGAGGA